CAUCUCACCAAACCCUUACUGUAAGGCACAUUCGAGCUCUCUUAUCCUGUCCUAGCUAGCUUGACAAGCUCUAGUAUUCUUUGAGUUCUCCGCCAAAUCAUAUCAUGUUCAACAUGUCUAUGGACCCGUUGGUCGUCGGGCAUGUCGUGGGGGAUAUAGUGGAUCCCUUCAUCACAACCGCAUCGCUGAGGGUCUUCUACAACAACAAGGAGAUGACGAAUGGUUCCGAGCUCAAGCCUUCUCAGGUGAUGAAUGAGCCCAGGGUCCAUAUCGGUGGGCGUGACAUGAGGACUCUCUACACGCUUGUCAUGGUGGACCCUGAUGCACCAAGCCCCAGCAACCCUACUAAAAGAGAGAACCUUCAUUGGUUGGUGACAGACAUUCCAGAGACAACUGAUGCCAGUUUUGGCAAUGAAAUAGUCCCCUAUGAGAGCCCACGUCCAACUGCCGGAAUCCAUCGCUUUGUGUUCAUCCUGUUCAGGCAGUCGGUAAGGCAGACCACAUAUGCUCCGGGGUGGAGAUCAAACUUCAACACAAGGGACUUCGCCGCAAUCUACAACCUAGGCUCGCCUGUCGCUGCAUUAUACUUCAACUGCCAGAGGGAGAACGGCUGUGGUGGUAGAAGGUACAUUAGAUGAUAUAUAUAGACGUGUGGUACAAUAUAUACAAUUGUGUGCUCGCAUCUCUGAAGGCAGAGAAGCAUAAUAGCAAUUGGGGUAUAAGAACUCCCUAGCCAAAUGAAAAAUAUGUAUUGUGUGUGUGUGUGUGUGUGUGUGUGUG